UUUGUCUAAUCCAUAGAAAUAAUGGAAUGCGAAGAUGUGAGUGUCUACCCAGAGUGAAGUGUGCCUGUGCCCGUGCCCCUCUGCGUGGAAUGAUACGUUGUAGGUGGUUGCUGGUGCACUCGCUGCUGCUGGCCGCUGUAGGUGUGGUGUUCUACUCCGAGUACGCCACUUAUCAUGCAGCGUAUGACAGAUGGCCUCGGCUGGAGGAAGUUAGUUCAGACCGUGCGGUGUCCAUCCUACUGGUUGCAGACCCACAAAUUGUGGGCGAACAGGAUGAACCGUCCUGGCCCGUCGGCUCAGUGUUUCGCUGGGACUGUGACAGAUACUUGAGGCGGACGUUCGAAGCUGCCCUCGCCCAUACACAGCCCGAUGCUGUCGUGUUUCUCGGCGACCUCAUUGACGAGGGCGAGAAGGCGACCGACGCGGAAUGGGCCCGCUACGUGCGCCGUUUCUCAUCAAUCUUCCAUCCGCACGACGGCCAAUUCGCUUCGGUAUUUUUGCCCGGAGACAACGAUGUGGGCGGCGAAGGAGUCAAUCCUGUGAUGCCUGACCGAGUGAAGCGAUUCCGGGAUGCAUUCCCGGUGUGGCCUGGAACUCGGAAACCAAUUGUGAGAAACCGUGGCCGUGUUUUCAUGCUCGUCAGAGAUCCCUUCGGCGGUACGAUGGACGAGGAAGGAGACGUGAACGCUCAGGGCAACGAUCAGUUGCUUUCUGUGUUCCGUAUCGUUGCUACGCAUUUGCCAUUCGUGACCCAUCCGGAAGAUGAACACUGCGACGUGAAGGUGGGUGCUCACACGCACAUUUCCUCCGUGACUUGGAGCCGACGUAAAGAGACGCCCGACUCGAAGACAAAGCAUCAGGCGACAUCUGAUGCCCUGGCGUCUGUGGUGAAGGAUCCUGAUGAGACGACGGUGUUCCGGUUCGACACUGAACGGAUUUUGCCAAGGAUCAUUGUGCCCACUUGCUCCUACCGCAUGGGGAUGAAAGAAAUGGGCUAUGGCCACCUGCGAGUUCUGCUCAACGCGGAACAAUCUGGCGAAGGAAAAGUUGUGGAAUAUCGCGUUUUGUGGCUGCCGGGUCGGUUCCGGCAGCUGGCCCUGGACGCGGCCGCCGCGUGCAUAUUGCUCCUAUAUGCGUGCCUCGUGCCGAAGACCGGACGCUACUUUCACGCACGGCGCUGGAAGCGAAAUGCCCCAUCCUCCGCCUCUCGAGACUAGUCAACCUGCCAUGUUGUUUUCACGUAAACCUUGACGCUGAGUUUUUAAUUGGUAUACCCAUGACGCGAUAGGAGGUCAGAAAGUUCUCGGAUUGUUUCUUGUAAAAAAAAUAAGAGGUAAUUGUCAAGGAAAGCUAAAUGUUUCUUCCUACAAUGUCUGUUCAUCUCUUGACGGAAUCUUCUGACUGAGCGAAAUUUCUUUUCCCUUUAGUAAAAUCGUCAUCUGUACAAGUUGAUUCACGCGCCUGGACAUCCGCGACAAUUCAAGUAUUCAUGCAAAUUUUGAGCGUAAACCUAUGACAUUUUUGCCAACCGAAAAAGGGGGAAAUCUUACUUUGUCCAGACUCGCGAAAAUUUUCUUCGGCUGGGUUUCGAACGCAUGAAUCAUCUCGUACAAAAUAAUUUUAGAAUGUUCCAUUUCAGCUGAAACGAUUCAAUGAUUCUUCCUGGUCACGAGAACCUGAUCACGAAUCAAAGCUUUGAUUUUCGAACAUCAGCCGGAUUAGAUUCAUAGCGCGGAGUCUCAUCGAAAUGAAUCUUUUUUAUUUAUGCCGGAAAAAUCAACUUUUUGUGUUUUCCCAUC